AUUGUAACUGAAACGGAGACACCCCCCUCCACGUGUGCACGAGUUGCCAACUGGAAUUUCCUGUUGUUUAGACGCCGCUCUUCCGUUUGGGGGAGGGACAAAGGAGUCAGAAGCUGUGUACGAAACUAACACUCAGGGGAACAGCUCCAGUGGCCGACGUGGCAGACGAGAGAGGUGAAUUAUGGAAAGUGUAUCCGUCCUUGCUGUUGCCGCUCUCAGCGUAAUUGCUGUUUGCCAGGCUGGCGACACAACAGUUACCAAAAAGGUUUACUUCGAUGUCAAAAUCGGGGAUAAUCCAGCUGGCCGCAUUGUGAUUGGCCUGUUUGGAGAAACAGUUCCAAGAACAGUUGAUAACUUUGUUACCUUGGCAACUGGCUCCAGGGGAUUUGGCUAUUCUGGCAGCAUCUUCCACAGGGUCAUCAAGGACUUCAUGAUUCAAGGUGGAGAUUUUGUGAAUGGUGACGGAACUGGAAGCAGAAGUAUCUAUGGAGAUAAUUUUGAUGAUGAAAACUUCACGUUGCAUCACUAUGGUGCAGGAUGGCUCAGCAUGGCUAAUUCAGGCGUUAACACCAACGGCUGCCAGUUUUUCAUCUCGACAGUGCCUACUCCCUGGCUGGAUGGGCACCAUGUUGUGUUUGGCAAGGUCAUAGAAGGUAUGAAUGUUGUGAAGGCCAUCGAGGACACACCAACUGAUGCAUACGACAAGCCGACCGAAGAUGUCACAAUUACUGAGAGUGGAGAACUACCUCUGACAGAUGGACCAUUUGAUGUAGACAAAGUGUAGAGACUAGUUAUAUCAUGAAAUCCAUCCAUAACUGCCUAUGCAAGAUGUCUGUGAGUUUUUGUAUGUGUGGAUGAUGCAUAUAUAUGUGUGUGUGCUGUGGUGAAGGGAUGCUAUGCUUUUAAGAGUUGUCUCCCUUAUGUACUCCUUUCUUCUCACAAGAUAAAAUGACAUUUACAUUUCUCAGGCUGGAGUCUUUUGGUAUUUAUUUAUAAAUUCAAUUGCAUUUAUCAACAAGUAGACUUAUUUACUGUUCAAGUGUCAGUUGCAUAACUGUUUUUAAGAUUGACAUAUUAUUUUCAAUUGAACAAUGAACAAACUAAAUGAAUCCUCAUGAACCAUUUUAUCGUCGUUUAUGGAAGAGAAAAUGCAUAAGACAGCAUCUGAAGUAAAAAAAGUGACUAUGUUUUCAAUUCAUCGAGUAAUGAACGCCAAGAUAUAUUCCUCAUCAACUGAUCAACUGAUGGAAAUUACAUGGAAUAUGUUUACUCCAUCCAUGUACAUUGUACGAGGGACGACAGGACACUGUAAUACGUUUCCGUUAUUGGCGAAGAUUGAGGAAAGUCUUCCUCUGACACUGACAUAUGAAUGUGCCAACAAGUGUAACCCACCAAACAAUUGUGCCAAACAUUGUCUCGGAAGUUGUGCUGAACCAAUACUGUUAUGACUGUUAUCACACAUAUAUACGAGCCAACGAUAUUGUGACUGUUAUCACACAUAUAUAUCAGCCAGUAAUAUAAUGACUGUUAUCACAUUUGACCAUGCAUUUAUUUCUGAAGCAUUAAUAUAAUUUUGGUGUGAAAAUUGUCAUUUGGUUUCCAAUGAGUACAUGCUACAUUUAAUCCAUAUCUUUUAGAAAAAGAUGAUCUACUGCUGAAAUAUUUCGAAUAAUUAAUAAUUCAUUCAAGUAUUAUGGAUCUUGUAGAAAUAAAGGAUGUGGCUCCUAAAUGAAAUAGUAUUUUAUAUUUCAGUGCUGGUUUAUUUAAGAUCACAGAAACUAGAAGUGUGACCUUGUUGGUAUAUUAAACCAGUAUUACUUUACAGCCAAUACUGAAAUACAAUGUUAUAUGUCAAAUUAAAUGUGCUAUAUUUUACAAUGAACAUGCAUUGUUGCAUCAUAGUCAAUACAUUAUGUAUGCAUUCAAUAAAAGCAUACAAUAACAAAAUGUUGAUUUGUUAUUGCAAUCUCUCUUCAACUCUUUGAAGUCUGUUUUCUUUUUAGAAUAUUCAAAUUUAAGUUUGUGUCAAAUACUCACAAAUAUGUAUGAACAAUAAAUAUGUUUCAGUUGA